CCACUCGCGGCUCCGGGGCGGCGGGGGCCGCGGGGGCCUCGCAGGACCUGGCCCGGCCCCCCCGCGGCCCAGCGCGUAAAAAAGACAAGUAAGGUUCUCUUUAUGAAACUGAUCCUCAGUCAAGUGUAACUUUUGAUGUACGGUCUCUAAAGCCCCCCACUAUGCCAGCAGCUACCGUAGACCAUAGCCAAAGAAUCUGUGAGGUCUGGGCUUGUAACUUGGAUGAAGAGAUGAAGAAAAUUCGUCAAGUUAUACGGAAGUAUAACUAUGUAGCUAUGGAUACAGAAUUUCCAGGAGUAGUUGCAAGGCCUAUUGGAGAAUUCAGAAGCAAUGCAGACUAUCAAUACCAAUUAUUACGCUGCAAUGUAGAUUUGCUAAAAAUAAUUCAACUAGGACUGACGUUUAUGAAUGAGCAAGGGGAAUACCCUCCAGGAACUUCAACUUGGCAAUUUAAUUUUAAAUUUAAUUUAACAGAAGAUAUGUACGCACAGGACUCUAUUGAACUGUUAACAACAUCUGGUAUCCAGUUUAAAAAGCACGAGGAAGAAGGAAUUGAGACGCAAUACUUUGCAGAACUGCUUAUGACAUCAGGAGUUGUACUAUGUGAAGGAGUCAAGUGGCUUUCAUUUCACAGUGGAUAUGACUUUGGUUAUCUAAUAAAAAUCCUGACCAACUCUAAUUUACCGGAAGAAGAGCUGGACUUCUUUGAGAUACUGCGAUUGUUUUUCCCUGUCAUCUAUGAUGUGAAGUAUCUCAUGAAGAGUUGCAAAAAUCUGAAGGGUGGAUUGCAAGAAGUGGCUGAGCAGUUAGAGCUGGAAAGGAUAGGACCACAACAUCAGGCAGGAUCUGAUUCUUUACUCACAGGAAUGGCCUUUUUCAAAAUGAGAGAAAUGUUCUUUGAAGAUCACAUUGACGAUGCCAAAUAUUGUGGCCACUUGUAUGGCCUUGGUUCGGGGUCAUCUUAUGUACAAAAUGGCACAGGAAAUGCUUAUGAAGAAGAAGCCAACAAACAGUCAUGACACGAAAUGAAAGGCCAUCUUUUUGAGCUCCACAUGCUUGUACAUAUGUUUUAUCUCUGGUUGAACCCCUUGGACAAUAAGGCUUUUUUCCCCCCUUUCUCAGCACACUUUCUUUUCUGCCUUUCUAUGUACUAAACCUGACUGUUCCUAUCACAGAUUUUGAUCUUAAUGUUGAUAUAUAGAAUUUUAUGGGUUACUUUUGGAGUCAUAACUAGCCCAUUUGUAAAGAAGCAUGUGUAGGAUCAGUGUGGCAGAGAGAAGGGGAAAGCUAAAUCAUAAUGAAUAGUAUGGUAAACUUACCUGUAUUGGUCUUUGGUCUUAGGUUUUUUGUCUCUUUCCCCUCCCUUCUCCAAAUUAACUCAUGCUGAUUCUAACUAACUUCCCAUUCAUGUCUGUUCCUUCCAGUAUGCAGGCGUUUUAGCUAUUCAAGAUUGUGGACCAUCAAAUUUGCACUUUAGAGAGCAACUCUGACUCAAUCCUCUGUUUCAUUUGAAGUUUUUUUUUCUUCUGCCCUUAGUUAGGAAACAAUAAUCUUCCAAGUUCAGCAACUUCACACUGUAUUUUUGGCAUCUUUUGGUAUUUCAACCCAUAGAAUAUGACAUUUGCUGCAUAACCUGCGUUCAUUCAAGCAAAACAAACUACUGAAACCAUAGUAACUGCUGUUGUUUUACUAAUGUUCUGCCAUCAGACACAUCCUGCACGUGCCAACUGCUGGUUGGCCUGCUGCUUUAGAUCCGCUCUGUGAGGAGGGAAAGAAGCUUGAGAAAACAGCUUUAUACCCUUCAGGAAAAGAACAGCUCUGACUUUACCAUCUUGCCAUUAAGCUGAGAUUUGAAGGCUAUUGGAAUAGUAGGAAUUUUGUAAUGGCGCACUUCCCUUGAUUAACUUUUAUUCUAGUGAUGUAUACUCCAAAUAUUUUUUUAUGAAGUCAUAUUUAUUAUGUACUUGGUUUGACAAUUUUUGGAAGUCAGUUUAGUUCAAGAUAGAACCCAAAGAUCUGAAAAAAAAAAAAAAUACUAUUUAAGUGUAUUACUGAAUCAGGACAACUAAAUCGUGCUUUUUUGUAGUUGCUACAAAGACAGAUGUUACAGUAUUUGUUGUAAAACAACAAAAUAUAAAUAACUCAGAACAAAUAAAGUUACCUGAGGAUUGUAAUGCUAGUUUAUUUUUGAGUAUAUCUUAGCAAUAUAUUUUAGAUAUAUUGUUUUAAAGGACCCUAAAAUAUGUUCUUAUCUCUGCUUACCGUGUGUACAGAGCAGUUGUGCAGGAGGCAUUUUUGGUAUUGAAUAGCUAAAUCCAAGCCUGAGAUGAUGGAAAGUGUGACAUUGUGUGCCUGGGUGUGCGUGCGCGCGUAGGGGUGUGCGUGUUCUGCACGGAAAUCAAUCACAGAAAAACUCCGAAUGUUCGCCAAUUAUUCUGUUUACCUUGUACUGCAAAGACAAAUAACAAACAGCACCAAACACCUUUUUCAUUGAGUUACGACAAUGUAACUGGGUGGUCCUUUUUAAACAACAAAUAAUUUGCGUAACAGAGGGUAUUUGUUUUUAAAGCUUUUGUAAAUAAAGGCCUAAAAAAAUGUUUUCUUACAUAACAAGAGACUGGUGAUUUUGUUGAAGUUGUUUUUUUUCCUCCUGCAAUGUGCGUAUUACAGUCAAUAAUGCUGUUUUGUUUGAACAGAUGGUUGUCUUCCUCUGUUUGUGAAAUGAUACAGUUCACUGCUUGUUGAUUGAUGCUUUAUCCAGAGCAGAGUUCUCUUUGCACUAAUUCCCACUGACCUGCAUUGCUAGAGAGGUAACUACAGCUUCAUCCUGAAGUGACCAAACCCCACUGAUGAUUUCUGUUGGUACCAUUAUGCAGUAGGUAAGGGAGAGUUAUUUUAACUUUGUUUCUUCUUUGGCUUUAACAAGAAGAUGGGUGCUGUCUGACAGAAGGGCACAAUGCAUUCUUACUAUGGCAUCAAAUUGCCUUUUAAUAUUUAGGUUCAACUGAAAGUUUUGUGAAAUCAAUACAUUUGUUUUCAGCUUCAAUAGCUGUAGAGGUAAAAAUAAUUAACUUUUGGAGGGAAUGACUUUUCUAACUUUUCUUUGGGAUUUUGUUUUGAAAUAAUUUUUUAGGUGUAGGUGAAGGGAUGUUUUUAGAGGUUUGUGAAGGUGUGUGUGUGGUAAGAGCUCUAGAUCAGAAUGGGAUAUGCUUUUCAAGUGACAGUUGUGCAUCCUGCAUGCCACUCUGUGCUUUGCUUUGCUUCCAGUCAUGGGCAUGGCAGAGCUGAGACUCCUUUUGCUGGAAGAACCUAAACCCAAGGAUAAGCAGCAGGUGUGCACUGGAUGUCCCAGCUGCAAAGGACCUGCAAAGCCUGCAGGAUCAGGCUGUUUUUAUAAGCUCUAACCUAAAAAUCUCAUGGGACAUUUGACUUUAAGCAAUUGUGUUCUUUAGUUUUUUUCCUGAGGCAGGAAAACAAAACAAAACAAAAAAGCCCUUAAAAGACAGUGAUUAAUAUUAAACUAAGAUUAUGCUUUGUUCUGCGUGUGAACUCUUUGUCUGAUCAGAUGUGAUCCAGGGUGAUGAGAGUUGGUUACAGCUGGGAGGCAUCUAUGCAGCACUGUUUCUGUGCCAAAAUUAGAUUUAGUUUCCAUUAAGGAGUGACUUGCAUGGUAAGUUGUCAAGAUUAUGAAAAAAAACAAAUUGUCUCCUGUUAUGCAUAGGAC